GACACUGACUCAUUAAGAUCAAAUGGAGGUAAACAUUUAUUGAAGUAAAUUGCUCAGUGAAAAGAUGUUUUGACGUUUGAUAGGACUAUAUUUCUUUCAGUUGCUGUGACAAGAUCAUGCAUCGCCGACGGAAUAUUUAGGAGCCAGUGUUUCAGCAUAUCUGCUGACUACUCUCAGUGUCGUUGAUUUAUCUCUACUGUUCCGGCAUAGAUCAGCUUCGAAAGUGAACUUGAAUUAUAUAACGAUUGUUAGAAGAUUACCAAAAAGAAGAUGUAUGAUGAGAGCCCUUUCCAACUUCCUGUCUUAUCUUCGAAAGUUUCCGAUCCGUUCAGCUCCUAAGAUUUUAACAGCACCAAGCAGGCUUAGUGGAACUCCAUUUGCGCCAAAACGGUGUAUGUUUGAACUAAAGUGUCCGCUAUGGAUUACCUGUGGAAGACUGUGCUUCUUCGCACCUUUGGAUUCAUAUUAUGGGCCUCUUUGAGUGCUUGGUUGUUUUCUUUUGUGGAAUAUACGGAAAAAGAUGACAAAAAAGAAAAAGACCACUUGUUAAAGUCCCUGUACAUUUCCAUGGCAUCUAAAUUCAAUAUGACCAUCAAGGAAUUUAAUAAUUUUUCCAGCAUUGCGCAUGAAGCUCUGAGCCAACCUAAACCACGGUGGACGUAUUUUGUUUCCUUGGAAUUCGUCUUACAAGCUUUCACUACCGUAGGCUAUGGAUACGUCACUCCUCAAACACCUGCUGGUCAGAUAUUGUGCAUUUUUAUUUGUCUUCUUGGGAUUCCCAUUACAUUACUCGCGUUGAAGUCUGUUGGCGAUUUAAUGGCCAAACUUGUCAACGCGCUUGUAACAAAGUUUGAAAGCAAACUUUUCAAAAGAGCGCAUCCGGAAAAAGUAGAAACAAAGAGCGCUGUGAUCCUCUUUUUCCUGAUGGUGAUAUUUAUUGUGGCAAACGGCCGGUUAGUUAUGAGUACACAAGGUUGGACUUUUGUUGAAAGUGUGUAUUUCUGGUUCGUUACGCUGACUACAAUCGGUUUUGGUGAUUACGUUCCAGAGAAACGAAAGUUCCACUCGGAACAACGCACCAGAAAAGGUUUUUUCCAUAUGCUCAUGAUUAUUUAUGCAAUGAUUGGCUUAUGUGUUGUUUCAAGCGUAAUCAAUUCCGUCAUGGCGGCUAUGGAGGAAUUGAAGUUCCAUCGUGCCUGUCCCAUGUGUGCCUCUAGAAAAACCCGGGAUGAGGUGAACAAUGCGGAGCCUAACUGCACUCCAAAAAGGCAAGAAAAUGGCACUCAAAACAUGUGCUACUUAACUGAACUAUAACUGACUGUUUAUCAGCAAUGAAAUCUGCUUGACAUCAAAGUUGCACAUGAAAGCCCUGGCGCAGUUUAGAAAAACCUUAUUUUCCUUUAAAAUUUCUCAAAAAGAAGAACUUUCUCCAGAUCAUGAUGGCAGUGAUUCUCUAACCAGUUUUACCUGCUAAUGACAUUAUGUCGAAGGAACCAGACUGAAAUAAGAGUAAAGUUAUUCAUUCGGCUUUUUCUUUCUUUAUCAACGAGAGAACUAAGAGAACUUUCUCUUUCUUUAGUCGUUCGUGGUGACGAUGCAGCUAUGAUUUUUUGG